CUCACCGUCGAAGAAGUCGUGAUUUCCUGUGCGACACCGACGUCACGUCCGCUUUCUCGAUGCCCAAUGUUGGAGAGCAAUGGCGGCGUGCCGGGGAUCCUCGUCGAAAUGGUUUUUCACCCGGGAACAGCUCGAAACCACGCCGUCGCGCCGAUGUGGAGUAGAACCAGACCGGGAACUCUCUUAUCGGCAACAAGCGGCGAAUCUGAUCCAAGAUAUGGGUCAGAGGCUCAACGUCUCUCAAUUAACAAUAAAUACAGCCAUUGUUUACAUGCAUAGAUUUUAUAUGCACCACUCGUUCACCAAAUUCCACAGGAAUAUAAUUUCUCCAACCACCUUAUUCUUGGCCGCAAAAGUGGAAGAGCAACCUCGGAAACUCGAACAUGUGAUCAAAGUUGCACAUGCUUGCCUAAAUCCCCAAGAACCGCCUCUAGACACAAAGAGUAAUGCAUACCUCCAGCAAGCUCAAGAGCUGGUGAUACUUGAAUCCAUAGUGCUGCAGACCCUGGGCUUUGAAAUUACUAUUGAUCACCCACACACUGAUGUGGUGAAAUGUUCCCAGCUAGUGCGAGCAAGCAAGGAUCUGGCACAGACUUCCUAUUUCAUGGCUACCAACAGUCUACACCUCACUACCUUCUGCCUCCAGUACAAGCCCACAGUGAUCUCCUGUGUGUGCAUCCAUCUGGCGUGCAAGUGGUCCAACUGGGAGAUCCCAGUUUCCACUGAUGGGAAACACUGGUGGGAGUACGUGGACAACUCUGUCACCCUCGAGCUGCUUGAUGAGUUGACCCACGAGUUUCUUCAGAUUCUGGAGAAGACGCCCAGCCGGUUAAAGAGGAUACGGAACUGGAGGGCAACACAAGCUGCCAAAAAGCCCAAGGGUGACAGCAGCCAGCUGACUGACAAUUCCUUUGCUGGACCUUCCAUGCUCCACGAUCAAGGUGACGGCCUAGUCGGUGGCGUCUCGUCCAAUCCAACUUUUUCCAAAGCAGGCGCUGCCUUCACCAUGUCUAUGCCCGGCCAGUCUCUGGACGGCUUGGCUGGCACGUACAACCCCGGCAGCCACAGCGAGUGGCCCCUGUGCAGCCAGAGCCAAGCAGGGUACCCUUCCACCUGUAUAAAACAGGAACCCCUCAGCAUCCCUCACCAAGAAUUGUCCACUUCCUCUUUGCUUCAGCAUCCGCCAGUAUACAGGACUGAGAAAACACUAGACUUUAUCCCUGUCAAGCAGGAACAAAAAGGAGCUGGUGGGAGCGGAGUGGGCAAGCAUCAGCCACCACCUCAGUCUGCCUACCCCCCACCAGCUCAGCCUCCUCCACCACAACCAUCUCCAGCUCAGAAGCUGUCUCUGGACAAAUACAGAGAGAAACAUGCUGCCGAGCUGGCUGUCUCUGGGCAGAAACGCAGUCAGGAACAGCAUGGAGGGAUUAUGGACUGUGACACCAGGGGGGAUAUGUUAUCUUCCUCCUCUUCUACCUAUGCACCAUCCUCUACAGGCCAAGUAGACCAUCGAAAACACUCACAACCCCACCAAACAUCCCACGGUGGUGGUGGGAGCACCACAGCCUCCCCAUUGAAAAUCAAAGCCCCCUCCUCCUCAACUUCAGGGCACGAUAAACGCCAUCACAGUGACAAACGGGAAAAAGGCUCGCUUAAAGUCCGCAUGGCCGUCCCCGGGUCUGGCAGCAGCUCCCAGCUGGACAAAAGUGGACAACCGAGCAAAGAUGAGCUCAAAAUGAAGAUAAAGGUCUCAUCUUCAGAGCGCCACAGCUCGUCGGAUGAAGGCAUGGCGGCCAACAACAAGAGUAAACAUUCCAGCCCUCUGGUGAGCAAGGAGAAACAACACCGUGGAGCAGAUCACAGUCUCCAUCGCCACCACAAGCACAGUCACCCACACACACACAGCGGGAACGGAGGAGGAGGUCUGCUGCACGCGCCUCCAGGACUGGUCAGCAUGGAAGGGACUCCCGGAUCCACCUCUUUGUCGUCAUCCUCAGUGCGCAAGAGGGCGUACCCCGAGGCCAGCCACAACCACCACCCUUCCUCCUCAUUCUCCACCUCAUGCUCCAAAGUGAGCAAAAUCUCCAAGGGUGGCUCUGGUGCUGCAGGUGGGCUGCGGACCUCUCAGCAGUACCCUCCUAGUGAAUCGCCACAUGAAGUGGGAGAGCAGAGACACUGAGUCCACCAUUCUGCAGCCAUGGCCAGCCUAUGGAAAUGGCAACAAAACUACCCACAGCUCUGACUUUGAAGACUAUGCUCACCUCCCUGUUAAGUGCCCUAGGAAAAAUAACUCUUUGUCAUGAUAAACCCUUUACUCAAAGGCAGAGAAAACUAAUCUGCAAAAAAAAAAGUAUUGUUGGACAUCUCAAUUUCUGAGACAUGAGAAAAUUAUGCUUCCUGACUGUCAGAUAUCUGAGCUCUGAUGCUCAGUCCUGUCUUUCUGUUAGUGUGUUGAAUUGCUGCUUGGUUCUCCUUCCUCCUGAAAUGAGUCUAGGAAUGUGCAAAGUUGGGUGUGUGAGUGUGUUUUCAUCAGAGGGAAAGUCCUCUACAUUUCAGAUCUCCAUACCGGGUGAAAAAAGUAUUACAAGUACUACAAGAGGCAUGGAAGGUGCACUUUUUCUUCCUAUUUUUUUUUAACGAGUAAUUUAAUUAAAUCACAUUUCUGCGGUUGUAUGGAGGAAGCCAGUGGCCAGCUGGAGAUGAGUUCAAGUUAUGUUUGCUGGCAUUCCAUUUAGUACUGUUGAUGGAUGCAACAUUUUUUUUUAGAUGUAAAGUUUAAUCUCCUAAAUUUCUUUCUCGUCUUGAUUUCUUUUUAUACUUCAGUACUGUGCGUAUGAUUUGCAUGUUUCAAUCAUCAAAGGGAUUUAAAAGGAGAAUGCGUACUUGCUGUUUACAGAAAGUGGAGAUAAAUGUACAUACGUUUUUGUAUGUUUAAAGAAAAAAAAGCUAUACCAUGACUACUCAGGUUUGGAGCUGCUUGUAAGUAUAACAAGAUAACUAUAAUACCUAUAAAUACUUUUAUUUUGUUGAUCAACGGAUUGGGCAUCACCGGGUGAAUGAUUGCAGCAUUCCAGUGGUGUGUGCUUCUUACAACCUUCCUACAGGGGGCACAGUACUGUGCUUUUCCAUUACAGGAAAUUUCAGUUGAUGCCCUGGUAACACAGGCACAUCCAAUACCUACUUAUCACAUCAGAGCGAUGCAAUUUGUACCAAAAAUUAUUUUUUUUGGACCUAUAAGUAGACCUUCAGCUGGAUGCCAAAGGUUGUGCCUCAAAAAGAAAAAAAAACUGACAGACAGUAGUAGUGUGCUAUUAAAAGUUUACAUAACCCUUUUUACUUUGAAGUGCAUCAGACAUAAUUUCAUGAAGCUGUAGCCCUUAGAUGUCAGCCCAUAAAGGGACACAUGUAAGUAUUAUUCAAUCAACCAUGAACAUGGUACUAUAUAGAAAAAGUUCCAUUUUAUUAAGAGUUGUCAGAACACUGACGAAUUGGCCGUAUGCAACAUGACCUGCUGGAUAUUUUGGAAAGUAUCUAUUAUGUGGUCACCCCACCCCACAAUAGGUUUUGUCACUGUCAUCCUAUUGGUUGAUUUCCCAUUUCCAGCCAUGUACCUGUCCGGACACGUCUUCACAUCAGUUUCAUACAUUAAACUCUAUAUUGUUCUCAAAUCUU